GCGGCGCUGCUGCGCACCGACGGCUUCGUGGGCGGCCGCUGGCUCCCGGCCGCCGCCGCCUUCCCAGUGCACGACCCGGCCAGUGGCGCCGAGCUGGGCUUGGUGGCCGACUUCGGGGUUUCCGAGACCCGCGCCGCGGUGCGCGCCGCCUACGAGGCCUUCCGCAGCUGGAGGGACGUCUCGGCCAAGGAGAGGAGUUCAUUACUUCGAAAAUGGUACGACUUAAUGAUACAAAAUAAGGAUGACCUUGCCAGGAUAAUUACAGCUGAAAGUGGGAAGCCACUGAAGGAGGCGCAGGGGGAAAUCAUCUAUUCCGCCCUUUUCUUAGAGUGGUUUUCAGAGGAGGCCCGCCGCGUCUAUGGAGACGUCAUCUACACCCCCGCAAAGGAGAGGCGGGCGCUGGUCCUCAAGCAGCCCCUCGGGGUGGCCGCAGUCAUCACGCCGUGGAAUUUCCCCAGUGCCAUGAUCACCCGGAAGGUGGGGGCCGCCCUGGCCGCCGGCUGUACUGUGGUGGUGAAACCUGCCGAGCACACGCCCUUCUCCGCCCUGGCCCUGGCCGAGCUCGCGGACCAGGCUGGGAUUCCUCCCGGCGUGUACAACGUCGUUCCCUGCUCCAGGACGAGGGCCAAGGAAGUAGGGGAAGCUCUCUGUACUGAUCCUCUAGUGUCCAAAAUUUCCUUUACUGGCUCAACGGCUACCGGAAAGGUACUGCUGCACCACGCAGCCGGCUCCGUGAAAAGGGUCUCCAUGGAGCUGGGCGGCCACGCUCCGUUUAUCGUGUUCGACAGCGCCGACGUGGACCAGGCUGUGGCGGGAGCCAUGGCAUCCAAAUUUAGGAACUCUGGACAGACUUGUGUUUGCUCAAACCGUUUCCUGGUGCAAAGGGGUAUCCACGAUUCCUUUGUGAAGAAGUUUGCCGAGGCAAUGAAAACAAAUCUGCAUGUGGGUAAUGGAUUUGAGGAGAGAACUACUCAAGGCCCAUUAAUUGAUGAGAAGGCAGUAGAAAAGGUAGAGAAACAUGUGAAUGACGCAGUUUCCAAAGGCGCCACCGUUGUGACGGGCGGGAAGCGACACCAACUUGGAAAAAACUUCUUUGAGCCCACGCUGCUCAGCAAUGUCACCCAGGACAUGCUCUGCUCUCACGAGGAGACGUUUGGGCCUCUGGCACCAGUUAUCAAGUUCGACACGGAGGAGGAGGCUGUGGCAAUCGCUAACGCGACUGACGUCGGGCUGGCAGGUUAUUUUUACUCUCAAGACCCGGCCCAGAUCUGGAGAGUGGCGGAGCAGCUGGAAGUGGGCAUGGUCGGCGUGAACGAGGGACUGAUCUCCUCUGUGGAGUGCCCUUUCGGCGGGGUGAAGCAGUCCGGCCUCGGGCGAGAGGGGUCCAAGUACGGCAUCGACGAGUACCUGGAACUCAAAUACGUGUGCUUCGGGGGCUUGUAGGGCGCAUCAGUUCCUUAAACAAUAAAAAAGGAAGCUGACCUACACAUACGGGGACAUGCCAUCCAUUACUCUAGGUGAACUUCUAGGUUAUCGGAAUUAGGAAUUUUUCCAAACUCCUCCAGUACUCAGUCUUAAGCAGAGGUGAGUCCCACCCCUCCCCUUACCUAAUUAGGGACCAACAGAAGCCACGUGCCUGGGGUGCAGACUCCCCAAGAACCAGCGCUGCAUGUAUAGAGGAGCCCUGGGACUCCACCCCGGAGCUGGGUGCAGGAGGCCCAGGUGCAGCAGGAAGCAGGUGCAGACGAGGCAGGUGCAGCGCGAGGCAGGCUGGCCCUGGGGCCCCAUCCCAGAGGCUCAUCACUGCCUGCGCAGGGACCCUGCCAUUUCCCUGGGACUGCGAGCUCAGACCAGAGGGGACCACAGGGAGGACGCCUGAGCGUGAUGACGGGCCGGGCAGAGGUGGGCCCACCGUCCCUGGCAGUCUCCGGGUCAGCUCUACACACAUGUGCCAUGUAUUCUAGGAGUUGCCACAGAGACGGAGUCAAUCAUUUUUAAGACUUCUGAAGUAGCACUGAAUUGCCUGUUUCUGUGAGGAAAGAAGGAACACCCCUCUCUCUGUCUGGACAUUUUUCUUUUUGUUUUUCAGUAGUCUCUACACCCAGUAUGGGGCUCAAACUCACGACCCCAAGAUCAAGAGUCACGUGCUCCACUGACAAGCCAGCUGGGCGCCCCUGGACCACUGUUUCAGUUAAGGCCUCCUCGUCCUAAAUUUACUACUUAAAGAUUGUGUGCUCAUUUCCAUCUGCUUUCCAUUCCGUUUCGUUCCCUUCAGGAAGCCAGCCCAAGUGGAAAGCAGGGAUCAGCAGAGACAGCAGAGAAAGGGAAGGUGCACAAAGGCCUGGUGGGCUGUCCCUCCCUGGGGGUAGUUUAGUUGCAAAUUGUUUUUUGCAAAUUUUUGCAAAGAAAGGAAGAAAAUCCAGUGCAAGUAAAGGGGCCAUUAUUCUCAGUAGCAGCAGAGCCCCCACCCCCACCCCCUGGCGUCCAGCUCUGGCUUUGCCAAGGUGAGGAAGACUGGUGCCCACCUGCGCUCCUACCCAAGACAGAGGGAAGCAGUGGUCGCCCCCGGCCCCCCCCUUCUCUGCUCACCCCCAAAGAGUAGAAGCAGUCUCCCCACAGUGCAGCUGAAUUUCCGUAACUGCCAGUCCACCUAGUGGAAGAGGCGUGAGGCCCUGAAUUUCAGGCACUUCUAAUCUAAUCCAGUAAGAGUUUUUAUAGCUCAUCGUUUGAAACAAAAAUGACCCAGCGCUUCCCAUUCCUCUGAAAGAAAAUUCUAGGCCUUUCUGGACACGUCUCCCAUGCAUAUGGAUACACUGAAGAAAAAGAAGGAAGGCUGUUCUUGGGCAGAGAUGAAGCUCUUUCCCUUCCCACUCUCUCUGUGCACGGAAUCCACCGACAUCUGUGGGUGUUCUGGGUGGUGGAAGGAGAAAGUGGUUCCUACCCCGACUGCGCCCCACCCCUGGCCCCCAGGAAUUAGCAUUUGUCCCUGCAGCACGGGAGCUGGGGAUAAGUCCCAACAGUGCGGAAUGCCCAUGCGCAGGAGGCACUUACCGCUGGUCCCGGAGCUCCCUUGUGUUCAGCCCGCAUCUCCCCAGCCGCAUCCCAACUCCCACUGAAGUGAGCUGAAACCUGCCUCCCGGUGCUUGCCUGACCCAGGCCCUGUGGAGAUCACAUACGCAGCAUAUUGACAGCUUAUUUCUACCUUUAGUUUUUAUAAUAUUGGGUUUAUAGAACCCUCUAAUUAUUUAGGAUUUGGGUGUGUCCAUCUGUUUCUGUUAAAAAAUGCUAUCACGUUAUUUGUUAGAAGUUAGAACACCAAUGCUUGGAGGUGUUGAGAAUACAUUCAAAGUUACACAUGACACUUUGCAAACCAGUGGGCCCCUCGGCUGGGUGGCAGAUCUGAGUUUUCUGGUAUAUUUGGCUCACUGGCUGCAUAAACUGAGGUUCAGAGAUUCCAUUGCAAGAUCUCGGCUUAAUUUUGUAAUUAAAAUAAUUUGGGAAGGAAAGAGGUUGCUGUUUAGUAAAAUUGUUCUGGUUGUGGGAAGAAAGAGAAGUGUCUUUAAUUGAAUGUUUUGGGGGUUAUUUUUCAAUAACGUGACCAUGUGUGACCAGGGGUUGGCAAACUGCAGCUCACAAGCCAAAUGUGGCCUGUGACCCGAUUCUGUACAGCCCAGAGCUAAGACUGGUUUUUGUAUUUCCAAGUGAUCGGGGGGAAAAAAAUCAAAAGAAUAAUAUUUCACAACACAAAACUAUGUGAAAUUCAGAUUUUAGAUUCUAUCAAUAAAACUUUAUUGAAACACAGCCAUGCCCAUUCAUUUCACAUUGGAUCUAUGGCCACUUUGUGAGCAGAAGUAAGUACUGGCAACACAGCCAGUGCGACCUGCAACGCCUACGUCAUUUCCUCUGACUCUUCACAGAGAGUCUCUGCCCUCCCCUGAUCCAGAGAUCCUGAGCCUGAGGGAGAGACUGGCCUUCCUGCGCUUACCGGGCAUUAUUUUAUUUUAUUGAACACCUGUGUAAAAGCAUUUUUCUGGGCAUCACUCCAAGUUCUCAUCAAGAAUUUGCCAGCAAUUAUUGCAUGACUCAGAUUAAAUUAUCCAGAUAACACGAGUCUGUUGGCCUAGAGAAAACUUCUCAAUUUACUUUUCCCAGCUAGACAAGGAUUCUCAUUACAACUGUCUACCUGAAUCUGUUAUAUUUACCUCUUUCAAACAUGAUUUUAUGCCACAUGUUGUGUCCUUUUUCCUUUAUUCUUGAGGAAAGACUCUGAAAAUAGAGAUCAGAAGCACAAUGCAAAUAAAUCUAUUUUGGUGACAACUUACUAACUUUAGGUUAUGCCACAUGACUGCCUUCUCAGAAGACUGGGGCCCGGGGUUUUAAUGAUUCACGUACAGGUAUGUUAGAUGGCAUUUUACUAGAGCAGUAGUGAUGUGGUGAUUGUGUGUGUGUGCACGUGCUGUAUUUUGUAAAAUAAGCAUAGUGGGAAGUGUGGAGCCAUUCUGCUUUUUAAAUAUGCACAUGACUCACUUUUAUAGGUUUUGAUAAUUGCGUACGUGUCCCAGUAUCAUGUAUGCAGUGUUGUGUCAUUAAUAAAUAUUGCAUUAACAGAA